UUGAUCUCAUUCAAUAGGAACUUUACAUUUUUCACUUUCAGUUGAUAAAACAUAUCCUGGUUAUGUGGUGGACGCACGGUUCUCAGAUAGAGGAGAUCUUUUUCCAAAGAAGGUCCCAGCUAGAUGACAGCAAGCAGAGAUCUGGAAAACAGUGUAUUGCUUUCAUUGGCUGGCCUAAAUUGAAAAUGCAGCUUUCUAAUCUGACCAUGCAAAGCCUGCUCUUUUACAUCGUUGUCAUGAUUCAACUGAAAGGUACAUGUCAAUGGAAGGGGCCAGGUACAACGCCCAACCUGGAGACUAUUGUCAUUGGCAGGUGUUAUGACUACAUUGAAACGGUGAAUCCUUCAGUGGGGAAGAAGAACUGUUCCGCCAUAUGGGAAGCCUUUAAAAGUGCUUUUGUCAGCAAGGACCCAUGUUCUGUAAUCCCAUCGGAUUAUGAGCGCUACGUCAACCUGACACUCCAUGACCUACCCAUAAAUAAGUCACUUUUCUGGGAAAACAACAAACAACUGGUGCACAGAUUGUCGGACCGUGGACACCGAUACAUGGCUCUGGGUGACACUUUAAUGGGAUGGCUAGCCGAUAAUUUGGACUUUUGUGGAUCAAGCAGUGACUCAGGGUUCGACUACAACUCUUGUCCUAUGACGUCAGAGUGUGAACACAACCCUGGGGAGUCUUUCUGGAGGUUGGCUUCUAUUACUUAUGCUAAACACAGCCAUGGUGAAAUACAAAUCAUGCUGAAUGGAUCCACACCAGGAGGGGGCUUCCCAGUACCCAGUUUUUUAGCUGACUUUGAAAUUCCAAAUUUUCAAAGAGACAAAGUUUCCAGCAUCAACAUCUGGGUAAUGGACGAAAUAGAGGGAGCGAAUGUGGAUUCCUGUGGAAAGAAUAGCACUGCUACAUUAGAAUCUGUCUUGUCCCGCAAAGGUUUCCCAUACACCUGCUAUGACAAUUAUAGACCAGUUCGGAUCCUGCAGUGUGUGGACUUUCCGGGUAACCCAGACUGUAGUACAAAUAGUGGAAUUGGACUUGCAUUAUCAUGGGUGACAAUGAUUCCUGUUUGGUUUGUUACAAUUAUAAAUUAUGGACAUUAAUUUAAUAAAUAAGAUGUCUUCUUUCCAUUGUUCUUGCUGUCAUUCUUUUACUCUAGGAUGCUCAGAACCAUAAGAUGAGCAAAAUGGAAUGCGGAGGCCGGGACAGGAGUUGUACUCCUGUACCCUAGCUGCCCUGUCAGGCAGCCUCCCUGCAGUGUCCCCUGGGCCCUCUGCACCUGUUCCCCUUGAAUAGUUAUCUUUAUGCUGUUUAUUGUAUAUAAAAGUGUUAUGUCUUUAAGAACCGUUGACAUGUGAUUAACCAGUGUCAUGUUAUUGUAACCCAGUGAGGUAUCAGUGACCAUGUGACCUUAGGGUGGCCUAUGGGACCCCUCCUAGUCUCCCCCAUAUAAGCCCUCAGAGGAACUAGCUCGCUCUCUUGAUUUCCAGGUAAGUCUUUGCUGAGGUCCAUUGCAGUCAAGUCCUAAGAGUGUGUCUGGAGUCCAGAGGAGGCCUCAAGACAACCACGUAGCCACAAGUCUACAAGUCCACAACCCCCAGGUCCCAGUCAGAGCCUGGUGAGCAACAAACGGGGUAUAGUCAGUCUCAGUCAAGUCAGUCAAAGUCAACCUGUCUUCAGUCAGCGUGGCUUGCAUCAAAAUUGUCCCAGUCCACUAAAAGUCCCAGCAAGCCCUAAGGUGUCUGAAGUCAAUGGUCACCUCCAUGGGCCUGGCUAAGCUGUAUAAACUAUUCCAUCUGUCUAACUCAGUAAAGCUACCGUUCUUCCGUAACUUAGCGUCUGAGUCAUUAUUGUCUCUGUGCCUAGCCCAGGAUGAAGUGGUGUACCUUCGGGUGGUAUUGAGGAUAAACCACG